GCAGCCUGGCGCCAGGGACGCCGCGCUCUGCCUUUGGCAGGGCGGCUAGUUCAAGUUGGCAUAGCGGCGGGGCGGGGCGCGGCGUGGCGCGGUGCGGCGUGGCGGGCGGUUGGUCGGUCGAAGUCGCGGGCUGGGUUCGCCGCGCCGAGGAUUUCAAGACGUCGAUGGCAGAAUCAUCCAGCGAUUCAGAUAGCUUUCGUCGGCAUCGAGUUGGAAGCCGGGGCCCGCUAAGGGCGACACACAUCAGAGCUCGAAACCAUGGCACCGAAGAAGUUACUGAGAAGAUUCAUACUUUAGCAAGCACUUUACAGGAUACCAACAGAAACCUGAGGCAUGUUGACCAGAUGCUAGGACAGUACAGAGAAUAUAACAGGGAACAGACCGAAGCCAUAGCAACUUUAAAGGAGACACUAGAAGAAUCUAUAAGUCAGUUAAGGAGCCAACGACUGUCCAGGAAUUCUGGAAUGAGAAGUGCCUCUCUUUCAAGCUUAUGUACAAGUGACCUGGAUGGUGAAGCAAUCGUUGGGAGUCACCAUUUCCAGCCUACCUCUCCUCUCAGGGAUUAUGGAGAUUCACGGGGUACUAGACGUCGGAGGUCUAGAUCUGCUACUGUCCGGUUUGUUGACGAGACAGAUAAUUUGGACCAGCUGCACUGCUUACACCAGUCCCUUCGAGACCUCACCAGUGAACAGGUUCGCCUCGGAGAUGAUAUCAGCAGGGAGCUUUCAAGAAGAAAUCGGACUGAUGCAGAAACCAAAAAGACUUUGGCAGAGUUGUCUGAAAAAAUCACUGAAUCCCAAAGGCAGGAAACGGUGUCAGAACGGGUAGAGAGAAGACUCCAGGAGAUAGAACAAGAAAUGCGCGCAGAAAGGCAGCUGGUGGAAAGCCGCCAAAACCAACUGGGACAUAUGUCUUUGCAGUUGCAAGAGGCUUUAAGGAAACGAGAUGACAAAACUGAUGAAAUGGAAGAACUUGUGAAAAGUAAACUUUUGAAAUCUGAAAGUGAAAAGAAUCAACUAAAGGAGGAGGUGAUGCGGUUCCGGAGGAAGUUGGAUCAAUCAGAAGUUGGUCGAGAAGUUCUUUUACAUCAGAUUGAGGAUCUUCACUGCCAACUCCUAAGAGCAGAAGAGGAUCGCGUGGAUUUGCAGCAUCAAAUAUCUCAGGUCACUAUGCACCGCCAAACUUACCCAGAUGACAAAGAUGAUAGGAGGAUUAGAACAGUGGUUGAAAGGUCUGAGUGGGAGAAACAAGAGCUCGAGAAACAUAUUCUGGAACUAAGAGCAAAGCUGAGCCAGUGUGUUGUAGCCUCGGAAGUGGAAGAACUGAAGCGAUGCAUAGAGCGCAAGGACAAAGAGAGAAUGCAACUUACAACACACAUAGAGGUGCUAACAGCUGACUUGGAAAGCAGGGAGAAGCAGCAGCAAAGAAUGCUAGAGCAGCUGAAGGAGAUACAGAGCUGCUAUAAGGCUUGUGAGAAUGAACGUAGACAAACUGAACUCCAAACUGCUGAACUGGCUCAACAGGUUGAAGAGGCCACCAAGGAAGCAGAACGGUACCUUGUUGAAUUCAAACAGUCUGAGGCCCUUAGGCUGGAGGUUGAAAAGAAGAAAGAGGAGCUGAAGGUGAAGGCUCAGGAAUCCAUUCGACAAUGGAAGCUAAAAUAUAAGAAAUUGGAUUGUGAGAUGGUGAAACAGAAUGAAACUGUCAAUCAGCUAAUGGACAAAAACAGUCAGGUUCUUAAAGAAAAGGAUGACUUAAAGGGGCAGCUUCUGUCUGCUAUACAGCAAAUAGAAAAUCUUCGGAAAGAGCUGGAAGAUGUCCUUACCAAGACGGCCCAGCAAGAAGAGGAGCUCCGUUGUAAAGAUGUGAAGCUCAGUGAAAUGAAGUCUCAGCAGAUAGCUCUGGAGCAAGAAAUAAGAGAAGUCCAAGGUACUGCAAACAAGUUGGAAAGCAAGCUGCAAAAGCAGAUCCUGGUACAAAACCAGAUGAAAAUUGAAAAAGACCAGUUAGAGAAAGAACUUGCAACCACUAACAUGAUUCAUGAAAAGGACCAGGAAAGACUCAUAGAGAUGCAAGCAGAUAUCAAAAACUUAAGUGCCAUUCGGGCAGAGUUAACAAACAGAGUAACAGAGGAAGAGAAAGCCAAGAAAGAGUUGUGCAAAAGCCUCUCAGACCUCCAGAAACAGCAUGAAUCUAAGCAGGAAGACAUGACCACAACUAGUAGGCAGCUAAAGAUGGAGAGAGAGGUUCACCAACAGGAGCUGGAAGAUACUAGGUCAGAGCUGCAGAAUGUGAAAACAAAGCAUGAGAGAAAUGUUCAAGAGCUGAUGAAGCUUUUUAGACAAGAAAAGACUGAGGCAGAGACCCAAAUAAGGAUGCUGAAGAAAGAACUUCUCGAUGAAAAAAAUGUAGUAAAGGUUCAGCGUCGACAGCUGGAGAAAAUGAAGAUGGAGUGUGAUAAACUGACAGAAGAGUUAACCCAGAAUGAAGAGGAAAAUAUAAAACUUAGGCGAAAAUAUGAGCUUGUGAAGAAGGAAUUGGAGGAAAAGGAUAAACAGAUGAGCAAUGAAGAAGAUCACAUGCAGAGAAUGGAGGAGGCCAGAUUGCAGCUUAAGGAUCAACUGCAUCGCCUGGAGAUGGAACAGGAAUCCAUUCUCAAUAUGAUAGGAAGUGAAAUAGAUGCUGCUUGUGAAAUCUUCUUCAGGGACUCUGUGGAGAAGUUUAGAGCAAUAUCACUUGCACCUGGGUUGCAGAAUGACCCUCAUCGGUGGUUAGCAGAAACAAAGACAAAACUUCAGUGGCUAUGCGAAGAGGUAAAAGAAAGAGAAAGCAAGGAGAGGAAGUUGCGACGCCACCUACUGCAGAGUCGUGAGCAGGUUAAGCACUUAACACUGAGCAAGGAAGCUGAGUGCCAGUCUCUCUUUCAACAAAUAGAAAAGCAGGAAGUACUCCUAGAAGAAGUUCACAGAGAAAAGAGAGUAUAUAAUGCCAAACACCUCUGA